CUUUCUAUUCCCUUAGCCACUCCCCUAAACUCCCUUACUGCAACUAUAAAAUGGUACACUUUCAAAUUCUCCAACACACACAAGCACAAACCCGCAGUACUCUAUUUACAAAUCUGUAACAACAAUUUCUGUAGCAAUGGCGGCAAACUCAUCUUCCCCAUCCCUAAUUGGGCCCGACCCGCUUCAGUUAAUCGAACAUAUGACCCAAAAUGCUGGUUCGGUCCAAGAAAGUUUGCUGACCCAAAUCCUUGCCCAAAAUGCGGAGACUGAAUAUCUCAAAGGUUUUAGUGUCAACGGAGUAAUGGACUUGGAGGCCUUCAAAUCGCAGGUCCCUUUGGUAACCUACGAAGAUAUCCAGCCGUUGAUCCGGAGAAUGGCUGAUGGUGAUCACUCGCCCAUUUUAUGUGCUCAACCCAUCUCUCAAUUCCUCAUCAGGCACAUGAAAGGACUCGACGGAGGCAUCGGACUCAAUUUCAUGUUCACGAGGUCCGACGCAAGAACCCGCGGUGGAACCCUAGCGCGCCUCUCGACCUCAAGCCUCUACAAGAGUGACAUCAUGAAAAACCGGCCAGCCAACAUCUACACGAGCCCGAACGAAGCCAUCUACUGCCCCGACCCCUUCCAGAGCACCUACACCCAACUUUUGUGUGGGCUAUACAACCGCUCACGUGUCGACCGAAUCGAAACCACAUUCGCCUCAACCCUCGUCCGAGUCAUCAAGUUCCUCCACACCAACUGGAAGCAACUCACCCACGACAUACGAACCGGGUCCCUCGACCCUAGAGUCACCGACGAGUCGAUCCGCGGAUACAUGUCCCGAACUUAUAACAAACCCGACCCAGAACUGGCGGACUCCAUCGCUUCUGAGUGCGCGAACGACGACAACUGGGAAGGAAUAAUCACGCGAAUCUGGCCCCACGCGAAAUAUCUCUGGACCAUCGCCACCGGAACCAUGGCUCAGUACAUCCCGACUCUCAACUACUACAGUGGCGGGCUCCCGAUAGUUUCCAUGACUUACGCAUCCUCCGAGUCCUACCUCGGCAUCAACCUUCACCCCACGUGCAAAACUUCUGAGGUCUCCUACACUUUCAUGCCAUUCAUCGCCUACUUCGAGUUCCUGCCCAGCACCGGCCAGCACUCGGAGCAGAAGCCCGUUGACUUGGUCAACGUAGAGAUCGGAAAGGAGUACGAGGUUGUGGUCACCAACGGGGCCGGGCUUUACCGGUAUCGACUCGGGGACAUCGUGCUUGUCACUGGGUUCUACAACUCGGCCCCACAGUUCCGGUUCGUGAGACGGAAAGACGUGGUGCUCAACAUUGAGUGGGAGAAGACGAAGGAGACCGAGCUUCAGGCGGCGGUCGAGAAGGCGGCUAAUAAGCUGCUACGCCCGUUGGGGAUGGGUGUGGCGGACUACACGAGCUUUGUGGACACGACGAGUGUCCCGGACCACUAUGUGAUGUACUGGGAGCUGAUGGGCACGGGAAGUAAUUGGCCGGGGGAUGAGGUGCUUGGGCAGUGUUGCUUUGAGGUGGAGGAGUCUCUUAAUCUGGCUUAUCGGACUUUGAGGGCGGGGGAUGGGCCGAUUGGGCCGCUGGAGAUACGAGUGGUGGGGAGUGGGGCGUUUGAGGAGGUGAUGGAGAGUGCGGUUGCGAGGGGCGUGUCGAUUAGUCAGUAUAAGGUGCCGAGGUGCGUGGGGGGGUUUAAGCAGGUGAUGGAUAUUCUUGAGGCGCGGGUUGUUUCGAAGCACUUCAGCCCGGCAACUCCGAGGGUGUCCUGAGAUGGCGGUGGCGACGUGGCCUUGGAAAAUAAAGUCAACGUGAUUGGAGAAUGACGGGCACUCGCGUGUGGGGUUGACGAUGAUCUCUGUCUUGUAUUCUAUUUUCGUUUUACUUUUGCGGAAUGGAAAUGAUUUGUGAUCAGUGCAGGUAUGGGAUUGAAGGGUUCAUCUGGUGAACUACGUACCUAGUCUCGUACUGAAAAUUCUAAUGGUUUGUUCUGACCGGAAUUAUGGGGAUUAAAAUAGUAUACCACUGUCAAGGGAUUUGAUUUCGAUUUUCAUGUCUCCGUCACAUACAUUUAAAUUUGAUAGUCUAUGCAUAAAAGUCUAAAUUGAAAUAAAU